ACGUAACCUGCACAAAUCAAGACCAACCAAUUGUAUAAUAAAAGGGAGAUAUAUUUCGCCUAAAUGGCAUCGACAGUUUCUUUUUCAAAUAGAAAAUUUAUGUAUGUUUAAAUUGUCUCUAUGUAUAUAGGUGACAUUGUUUGGCCAGAGUGCCGGAGCAGAGUCGAUUGGUGUUCAUCUCACAUCAGGUGUUAGUGACAAACUAUUCCACCAAGCUAUCAUGGAAAGCAAUCCGUUCGGACUCCCUUUACGGUCACUAGCUGACGCUAAAGAGUUUGGUGGUCGUUUUGCGGAGGCUGCAAAUUGCUCAAGAAAUGACAUGACUUGUCUCAGAUCUCGAUCACUCACUGAGUUGGAAGUUGCAUUUAACAUGACGUCCCUUGAAGUGACUGACCCUUCUCUCAUAACAAUGGUAUUCCAACCAUGGAGUCCUGUAAUUGAUGGUUUGGUCGUACCAGCGCAGCCUAUUCUGACCUUUAUGCAGGGCCAAGAGCAAAAGAAGCCAAUGUUAUUGGGAGCUACAGUAGAUGAAGGAAUGAUAUUUGUGGCGGAGGCGUUCCCAAAUCCAAUGGAUGGUGCAUCUUACAAAGCAUUGCUGCUAGCUGUAUUCAAACCAAUGCAUUAUAAUAAAGUGCUGGAGCAAUACCCAGAGUGUACAGAACCUGGAUGCGACAACAGAGAGAAUCUGAACCACCUCGCCACAGAGUAUUUGUUCACUUGCCCACAACGAAAGGCGCUCAACUCUACAGCACUUGACAGAUGGUGGUAUAUACUCAACCAAACGUGGUCGUUCUAUGAGGUAUGGGAGCAGCCGCAGUGUUUCUACCGUGUAUGUCACGCUGCAGAGUUGGCUUAUUUAUUCAAUGUUGAACCUCUAACAACAUUUGAAUAUACAGAAGAAGAAAAAGUUUUAUCCGAACGUUUUGCGUGGUAUUGGACCAACUUUGCUAAACGCGCACAUCCAAAUGGAAAGACAAGCAAGUACGAAUUAACCUCGGAAAACGUACAAGAAACCCAAUGGCCACAGUUUAACAACAAUGGUGGAGCAAACUACCAAGCUUUACAAAUACGAGCAGCGGGAGAUUUUGUGAUGGAUCGACCUUAUGAAGAAAUUUGUCGUUUCUGGGAUGAACUAGACGCAUAUGCUGAACAUUACUGAGGUUUAUAACAUUUCAACGGCUAAUCUGGUAUGAAAAAAACAUAGCUUAUUUUCGGACAACUUGUCGGACUUUAUCAGUUAAUGAAACCACAAUUCAACCAUAAAAUAAGUGUAAUUUUUCAAUGUUUUUUAUAAACAAAUAUGUAUUUUGUAACCACUAGAAAGAUAUGCAGAUCCGAAGUUUAUUCAAUGUUUUAAUGCAGCAAUAUUUUCAUAAAGUUGAACUUCUGAAUAAUUAUAACAUUGUAAUGUUUUCAACUUUAAACGAAACAUGACCUGUGUUUAAUCUAAUCCUUAUACGUUUAAUAAACGUCUGUUUUCAAUGCA